ACUGUUUGUUGGGAGAUAGGGCUGAGAGAGAAACGCCCUUCGGUUCUCAGAACGGAACCUGCGAGUCUGCAAGUACCCUGGAAGGGAAGUGGCCUCUCUCCUGAUGGAUGACGGCCUCUUUAGAAUCCUGAAACCAGGGUGGGUCCAGCUUCUCUAAAAUGGACGGGGAACAGUUAAUCAAGCCACAUGACAGGGCCUGCAGGGGGAAAUGAUUUUGUGCACGACACCAAAUUUAAAUUCUGCUUCUGCUGUCAGCAUAAAAGCACUAAGGGGAAGACGAAAAAGCAAGGGCAGUAGGAAACGGUUUCUCAGAGCGCUGGGUGCUCGAGGUUCUCGAUUCCUGUUGAGUCUGCUGGUUUUGACUUCAUUUCCAUGCUUAGAGCCGCUGACAGUGGGAAGUCCGUGGGGCCGCGCUACAGCCAGGGAGACGUUGAGAAAUGAGGGCGAGAUGAAGGGGCCGGGUGCCUUCAGUGGCUGGAUUCCACAGCUGGCACAAGCUGUGGCCGUUAAGUGACAACGACGGCCGCCUGGCCGUCCCGACGGAUCCGGGGUUGGUGACUUCCCAUCGCCACCCUGCGUCCAGGUGAGCACGCUUUUCUAGAGCGCUCCCGAGAGCCCCAGGACACCCCGGAAGAAGACGCGACCGCAGGGCUGUGCCAAAGCAGGCAGGAAUUUUUCUUCCGGCCGCAGGCCCGGACGCUCGAAGGACACCAUGGACAGCUCUCCAGGCCCCGCCCCUCGCCCGACUGGCCGCCGGGGGCGCCAGGGGUGGUCCUGACACCCCGCCCCCAUCCCACGGAGCCAUACCCGCCCGCCAAGCUCUACCCCAGAGUCCCUCCCUUAGCUCCGAGGGACCCACGCGCGUGGCCAGGGAGGACUCUCCUCCGUCUCCGGCACCCCCAGCGGCGGGACUUGCCGCUGCGGCCCGGAGACAGAUCGCCCGCCGCGGGCCGAGCGGCCGGCACUCCAUUUCGGGCCCGCAGGGCGCUCCGAGGGGGCGGGGAGUCUCCUCUGACGCCCCGCCCCUUCCCCGAGGGGGGCGGGUCUUCCGCCCCGGGCCGCGGUGCAAUGCGGAAGAGAUGGGCCUGCUGGAGCGGAAGUGACGCUUCCGGCGGCGGCGGCUGAGGGAGGAGGAGGAGCCGGAGGUAAAGGGCCGCCCCCGCGCCAGGAUGGCGUUCAGCAAGGGGUUCCGCGUCUACCACAAGCUGGACCCCCCGCCCUUCAGCCUCCUGGUGGAGACCCGGCACAAGGAGGAAUGCCUGCUGUUCGAGUCCGGGGCCGUGGCCGUGCUCUCUGCCGCAGAGAAAGAGGCGAUCAAGGGCACCUACUCCAAAGUGCUGGACGCGUACGGGCUCCUGGGUGUCCUGCGGCUGAAUCUCGGUGAUACCAUGCUGCAUUAUCUGGUCCUAGUCACUGGGUGUAUGUCUGUUGGAAAAAUUCAAGAGUCUGAAGUUUUCCGAGUUACUUCCACUGAAUUUUUAUCGCUACGCGUCGACUCUGCAGACGAGGACCGCAUUUCCGAAGUGCGGAAAGUGCUGAACUCGGGAAACUUCUAUUUCGCGUGGUCUGCGUCUGGGGUCAGCCUGGACCUGAGUCUCAGUGCGCACCGCAGCCGGCAGGAGCACGCCACUGACAACAGGUUUUUCUGGAACCAGUCCCUGCACCUGCACCUCAAGCACUACGGCGUGAGCUGCGAGGACUGGCUGCUGCGCCUCAUGUGCGGGGGCGUGGAGAUCCGGACCAUCUACGCUGCCCACAAGCAGGCCAAGGCCUGCCUCAUCUCCAGGCUGAGCUGCGAGCGGGCCGGGACCAGGUUCAACGUCCGCGGGACCAACGACGACGGCCACGUGGCCAACUUCGUGGAGACGGAGCAGGUCGUGUACCUUGAUGACGCCGUCUCUUCCUUCAUACAAAUCCGGGGGUCGGUCCCCUUGUUCUGGGAGCAGCCCGGGUUGCAGGUGGGAUCUCAUCGCGUCCGCAUGUCAAGGGGAUUUGAAGCCAAUGCACCUGCUUUCGACAGGCAUUUUAGAACACUCAAGAAUUUGUACGGCAGACAAAUAAUAAUAAAUCUGCUUGGGUCCAAGGAAGGCGAACACAUGCUGAGUAAGGCCUUCCAGGGGCACCUGAAAGCGUCUGAACACGCCACGGACGUCCAGAUGGUGAAUUUCGACUACCACCAAAUGGUGAAAGGAGGAAAAGCAGACAAACUACACAGUGUCCUUAAACCUCAAGUCCAGAAGUUUCUAGAUUAUGGAUUUUUUUAUUUUGACGGAAGUGAAGUUCAAAGGGGUCAGAGCGGCACCGUGCGCACCAACUGCCUGGACUGCCUGGACAGGACCAACAGCGUGCAGGCGUUCCUGGGCCUGGAGAUGCUAGCGAAACAGUUGGAAGCUCUCGGCUUAGCCGAGAAGCCGCAGCUGGUGACUCGCUUUCAAGAAGUGUUCCGGUCCAUGUGGUCCGUGAACGGGGACUCCAUCAGUAAGAUCUACGCUGGCACCGGAGCCCUGGAGGGGAAGGCCAAGGCUGGAAAGUUAAAAGAUGGUGCUCGUUCUGUUACUAGAACGAUUCAAAAUAACUUCUUUGACAGCUCCAAGCAAGAGGCCAUUGAUGUUUUGCUCCUGGGAAAUACUCUAAAUAGUGAUUUAGCUGACAAAGCUCGAGCACUUUUAACUACUGGAAGUUUGCGUGUUUCUGAGCAGACAUUACAGUCAGCCUCUUCUAAAGUCCUGAAGAGCAUGUGUGAGAACUUCUACAAGUACUCCAGGCCCAGGAAAACCCGCGUGUGCGUGGGCACCUGGAACGUGAACGGCGGGAAGCAGUUCCGCAGCAUCGCGUUCCGGAACCAGACGCUCACCGACUGGCUCCUCGACGCGCCCAGGCUGGCCGGCGUGCAGGAGUUCCAAGAUAAGAGAAGCAAGCCGACUGACAUCUUCGCCAUCGGCUUUGAAGAAAUGGUGGAGCUGAAUGCCGGGAACAUCGUGAACGCCAGCACGACGAACCAGAAGCUGUGGGCGGUGGAGCUGCAGAAGACCGUCUCCAGGGACCACAAGUACGUGCUGCUGGCCUCGGAGCAGCUGGUGGGCGUCUGCCUGUUCGUGUUCAUCCGGCCGCAGCACGCGCCGUUCGUCAGGGACGUGGCGGUCGACACGGUGAAGACAGGCAUGGGAGGCGCGGCCGGCAACAAGGGCGCAGUGGCCAUCCGCAUGCUGUUCCACACCACCAGCCUGUGCUUCGUCUGCAGCCACUUCGCCGCCGGCCAGUCACAGGUCAAGGAGCGGAACGAGGACUUUGCGGAGAUAGUCCGGAAACUGAGCUUUCCUAUGGGCAGGAUGCUGUUUUCCCACGACUACGUGUUUUGGUGCGGGGACUUCAACUACCGGAUCGACCUCCCGAACGAGGAAGUCAAAGAGCUGAUCCGGCAGCAGGACUGGGACUCCCUCACAGCGGGGGACCAGCUGACCAACCAGAAGAACGCCGGGCAGAUUUUUAGAGGAUUCUUGGAAGGAAAAGUGACCUUUGCUCCGACCUACAAAUACGACCUGUUUUCCGAAGACUACGACACCAGCGAGAAGUGCCGCACGCCUGCGUGGACAGACCGGGUCCUGUGGCGGAGGAGGAAGUGGCCUUUCGACAGAUCAGCUGAGGAUUUGGAUCUCCUCAACGCGAGUUUUCAGGAUGAGAGCAAAAUCCUGUACACGUGGACGCCUGGCACUCUGCUGCACUACGGGAGAGCCGAGCUGAAGACCUCCGACCACAGGCCCGUGGUGGCGCUGCUGGACGUGGACGUGUUCGAGGUGGACGCCGAGGAGAGGCAGAGCGUUUACAAGGACGUCAUCGCCACGCAGGGCCCGCCCGACGGCACCGUGCUGGUGUCGGUCAGCAGCGCCGCCCCCGAGCUCAGCUUCUUCGACGACGCCCUGAUCGACGAGCUCCUGCAGCAGUUCACAAACUUCGGCGAAGUGAUCCUCAUAAGGUUUGUGGAAGAUAAAAUGUGGGUGACGUUUUUGGAGGGAAGCUCUGCCUUGAAUGUUCUAAGCCUGAACGGUAAAGAGUUGCUGGGCCGGACCGUGAGUAUCGCUCUGAAAAGCCCCGACUGGAUCAGGACUCUGGAGGAAGAGAUGAGCCUGGAGAAAACCGGCGCCCCACUGCCGCCCUCCACCAGCUCCACCCUGCUGGGCGAGGACGCCGAGGUGGCGGCCGACUUCGACAUGGAGGGCGACGUGGACGACUACAGCGCGGAAGUGGAGGAGCUCCUGCCCCAGCACCUGCAGCCGUCCUCGGGGCCCGGCCUCGGCGCGUCCCCCGGCUCCUCGCCCCGCACCAGCCCCUGCCAGUCGCCCACAGCAGCGGAGGGCCCUGUCCCCUCACUUCCCACACGGCCGAGUCGGGCAGCGGCCAGAGCUCCCGGACAGCCGCCUUCCCGGGGUUCUCCAGUCGAGGCUCAGCCGGCCACGCUGCCGCCGCAGCAGAAAGACGCUCCGCAGGUCUUGGAGCCCAAGCGGCCGCCUCCGCCCCGCCCCACGGCGCCUCCUGCCCGGCCAGCGCCCCCACAGAGACCGCCCCCGCCUUCAGGCGCCAGGAGCCCCGCGCCCGCCAGGAAGGAACUGGGAGGUGCGGGAGCCCCUCCCAGCCCGCGGGCGGCUAGGCGGGAGAUGGAAGCUCCCAAGAGCCCGGGGAUGGCGCGGAAAGAUAACAUAGGACAAGGCCAGCCUUCGCCUCCCGCGGGACUCGCAGGCCUGGUGCCUGCUGGACUCGGCGCCGCCAGACCGGUGAUCCCACCCCGGGCCGGAGUGAUCAGCGCCCCGCAGAGCCACGCCCGGGCGGCUGCUGGGAGGCCGGCCCCCGAGAGCCAGAGCAGACCGCCGGAGGGCCCGAGAGGUCCAGCCCUUCCGGAACCGCUGAGGCCCCAGGCCGCCCUGCCUGCGCAGCCCCCGCUGCCCGCAGCCGUCCCGAAGAUGCCGGAGCCGCUGGUCCCCACGGCCGCACCUCCGCCGCAGGCCGUGCCCCCGCCCGCUCUGGAGGCCCCGCCGCAGCCGCCGCCCCGGAGCAGGUCCUCCCACGGCUUGCCCACGGACCCCCCGCCCCAGCCGCAGGUAAAAGCCAAUGGCGUCUCCACAGUCAGACCGGACUCAGCGUUCAAGAGUGACCCGUUUGAGGACUUGUCGUUGAACCUGCUCGCUGUUUCAAAGGCUCAGCCCCCUGUCCACACGUCACCCGCUCUCGCCCCCGGCGCCCAGCCCUGGGCGCCACUGCCUUCCACGAUGCACAGGAGCACCAGCGCUCAGAGCCCCGUGAGCCGCAUGCCCACGCUACCUCCCGUCCCAGCCCGGAGUCAGCCCCAGGAAAACGUGCGGUGCUCCCCAAACCCGUUCACCGGGAGCGAGGCCAGCGCCAGCCCCUUCACCGACAGGACCGCAGCUCCCGGGAACCCGUUCAGGGCCGCGUCCCAGCAAGCAGACACAACCCCGUGGUUCUCCCAGGAAGAGCCUGCUGCCACCCGCCCCUUCCCCCCUCUGAGGCCCUCGUCCUCUCUGGGUGGCUUCGAGGACAGCUCUGGUCUGCAGGGCCUGUCCUCAGGGAAAAUGAGCCACCCGAGAGGGUGGGUGACCUUCGAGGAAGAGGAGGACUUUGCUGCGAGAGGGAAGUCACGGUCGCCUUGCCCGGACCUCCUGGGCAGUCAGCCCGGCUCCUGGCCCGGCUCCGGUGCGACCUUUGACGGAGCCUGGGGUCCAGGCACGGGUGUUUCUCCCCCGCUGGCACCGUCGCGGAGGCCACCCCCACCUCCCGUCCCAGGGCCCCCAGCGGGCCCCGCCCCUCCAGGGGCUCCGCCCACAGCUUGGGCCCCUCAGGCGGCACCCACGCUGGAUUUCACAGAAAGAUGAGGCUCUCCGUGGAAAGCGGCCGUCCCGGCCUCGGCGGGCAGAGCCGGCAGGCGGGCGUGCGUCACUCGUGUGCACUGAGGCUGUCGGGAACACCACCGUUCAGCGUGGGCAGAGUCGGGACGUGCGUGUGCGUGUGCGUGUGUGUGUGUGUGUGGGAAACGAGGACCCAGGCCUCCUCGCUGACUAGCUGACUAGCGUUCGGGUGCGUUUCUGUUUGGACAACCGGGAGAGGGCGUGGCCGGAGGAAGGGAGUGCUCAGGACCAGUCAGAGGACAGCCCUCGCCCGGAGAUCUCUGCUGGUCUUCGGGAGGCUCCCCGCUGGCCCCGCCGCCCCGCUCCCGCCCUCGCCCGCAGCCGGCGUUGCUGGGGCUCUCCCAGAGGGCUCGUCCAGGCGGCACUGACACGGCAGUCUCUACGGCAGCGCUUGGAAAAGAGUGUGCAGACGCACGCACAUUCCACAUGUUUGCGAAACUCAGCAUUGAAAUUCUAGGACAUAACUCAGAUCUUUACCUAAAAGUCCUAGCAGAGUUCUUUCUUCACGUCAUUGUCGAAGGGACGGUUGUGAAUGAAAUUUGGACGUUUCUUUCCUUUUCUUUCCAAAACUGGAAACAUCCUCACUCCAGAGCCGGAGUUUUCUCCCCUUACCCACACACACACACACACACACACACACACACACACAGAACACGUCACGUCCUUGCCGCUCCCCACUCCCGCCGCCCACGUCCUUCCCUCUGGGAGUAGCCACUGUCCUGGAGGCGGACCCUCCUGCCCUUUCAAAAGAGCACGGUGGCCUUUUGUCACCGGGUGAGACACAGUAGCGCUGCGUGUGCCUGCACUGUCCCUGAAGGCGUGUGCCGCCCGUCCCUCCCCCGCUUCCGCUUGUGCUCCCGCUCCCGCUCCCCCCGCCUCCUGAGCAGGGGAGGCGGCCCCGGGCGCGCUCCGCACGGGGGUCCGCUGGGCCGGUGCUGUCUCCCUGAAAGAGGCGGCAGAGCGCACCUGCGGCGCUGCUCCGGGUUCUCCGAGGCCGCCGCCCUCCAGGCACCUGCGGCUCCGCCUCCUGCACUGCCGGCCCACAGCCCGUCCGGCCUCCGUUAGGGUCCUGAGGAAGCGCACGCGCGUUUACAGAAGGCCGUGUUCCCGUGUGGUGGGUCCUGACCCGGGACUCCUUGAGCCGCUGUUUCGCUGUGAGCUUAAGCUGCAGCCACCUUUGGCCAUUGAGAUGUGCACUGAUGUUCCUCUCCGGUAGCCUUGUGUCCGCCCACCGGAAUUCCGGUGUCCGACCUUCAGAGGGGCGCGCUGGGGGGACAGCUGAAACCAGAGGUUCACGGGUGAGAGUAUGUCCAGUGGGAAAAGCACAGUGAACUGCGUUGCACUUAACCACAUAAAGCAAGUCUAUUAGCAAAACGUACUUUUCUAAAUGCUUAAAUAGUACCAAAAUAUUUAUAGAAGUAGUCCUCUCUCUGUUAACAGCCAGGAUUUGCCGUUAGAAAUUACUCUCGUGAGUUUUAUAUCGUGCUUUUUGGGUUUCUAAUCAUUUCAGCAGUGGUGUACUUUAAACAGCAGUAUUACUGUGUGUGAGCGCCGUGCUUCAAAAUGUGAACUAACUUGUAGGAACUGUGGCUGUACCAUCUCCGUGGUUGGUGUGUCUGGUGUUUGCUCUCCUUCGGCAACACGAUUCACUCCGAACGUUGCUGGCGCAGCUGCAGUUGUGUGAGCACCGCCUCCCGGCGCAGACAGACUGCUGUCUGCGCACACGCGCCAGGCAGCAGCCCCGCCCUCCUGGGAACAUGAGGUCUGGCGAGCCGCCGAACGGGCACCGAGGUAUGAGAGGCAGAGGUGCGCUGCCAGUAACUAGCCAUCGUUCUGUGUGUGACUGAAAUAUUUACCAGUUCUAGUAAAAGCAGAGCAAAAAUUAGACACUAAGGAUCUCUUUGUGAAUUAUUUGUUCUCUAUAGUAGAUCGCUGUUUUUAUGUAAGAAUUUUAUUGCUUAUGUGGCAUACAGUAUUUAUAACUACAUACUUUAUAGAAGUGUAUAUUAAAGUCCCAGUAUACAAACACUCUGUACAGACCCUGUGAAAUGUGCUGUCGUAUGAAAUAAAGAGAUCUGGCUUUACUGUA